AUGGUGCAGGCCAUGGGCUCGCUCCAGAUCCCCUACCAGCACCAGCACAACCAGGGCCUCGCGGUGCGGCUGUGCGAGAUGGGCCCACCCUAUGGCCGUGGGUACACCAUAGAGCCCUGGGCGGUGGACGCCAUAAAGCGGGUGUGGAACGACCACGGCGUCCAGACCUGCUACGACCGCCGGAGGGAGUUCCAGCUGUCCGACUCGGCCAAAUAUUACCUCAGUGAUAUGGACAGGAUCGCCGAUCGAGAUUACCUGCCCACCCUGCAAGACAUCUUGAGGGUCAGAGUUCCCACCACGGGCAUCAUAGAGUACCCAUUCGACCUCACAAAAGUCAUCUUCAGGAUGGUGGAUGUUGGCGGCCAGCGUUCAGAGAGGAAGAAGUGGAUCCACUGUUUCGAGAACGUCACCUCCAUCAUAUUCCUGGCGGCCCUGAGCGAGUACGACCAGGUCCUCUACGAGAGCAAGAACGACAAUCGGCUGGACGAGAGCCUGGCCCUGUUCAGGACCAUCCUGUCCUACCAGUGGUUUCAAGAGGCCUCCACCAUCCUCUUCCUGAACAAAAAGGACCUGCUGGAGGAGAAAAUCGUGACGUCACAUCUGGCAACUUACUUCCCUGACUUCCAAGGUAAAUGA